AUGAUAGGCCUCUGCAGUGAGUCAUCGGAGCAGCUGUCCUCCACUGUACUGUACAUCUGUGGCACCUCCUGCACCUCCUCCUCAAAGAGAGAGGGCGGGGGGGGGGCUAUCACAGACCUUCACCCCCACUGUACAGACAACCUUUCAACAGCCACGCCUUCAUCAACUAGGCCCUGGAGAACCGGCGUGGCUUUGAUCGGCCCCGAACUGUACCUCGGAGGCUAA